UCCACUAGAUAAAUACCCUUCCCACCUUCCCUAAUCCGUCUUUUGACUCUCUCUCCCUCUCCCUACACUUUCUCUCUCUAAAACCAGUCCUCACUUCUCUCUGUUUCUGUCUUUCUCUCUCUCCCUAAUGGUGUAACCCAUGAAACUAAAACCCUAGAAAGCACCGGUUUCAGAGGACCCAAGAUGAAAGCUUUUUCUCGCUCUUACUCUCAGACCCACUUGUUUUUCUUGUUUUUGUUCAUGAGUUUUUUGUGUGUGGCUUUAGCGGCGGUUUCCAAGGAUGCGACGCUGUUGUUGAGCUUCAAGAGGUCGCUGCCCAAUCCUGGUGUGCUUCAGAACUGGGAGGAGGGCAAAGACCCAUGUAACUUCACUGGAGUUACGUGCAAGGGCGGGCGAGUAUCGUCUCUGGAUCUCACCAGCGUGGAGUUGAAUGCGGAGCUUCGAUACGUGGCUACAUUCCUCAUGGGGAUUGACCGGUUGGAGUUUCUCUCUCUGCAAUCCACCAACCUCACUGGAGCUGUCUCGUCGGUUUCCGGGUCUCGUUGCGGCGCGUUGCUGAGCUCCCUGGAUCUUGCUAACAACACCGUAUCUGGGUCGAUCUCGGAUUUGGGAAAUCUGGUGUCGUGCUCUUCUUUGAAGUCUCUGAACCUGUCCAGGAACAAUCUGGAGUUUACGGCCGGAAGGCCGGAUUCCGGCGGGGUGUUCACCGGUUUGGAGGUGUUGGACCUGUCGAACAACCGUAUAUCCGGCGAGAAUGUGGUGGGGUGGAUUUUAUCCGGCGGGUGUCGCCAGCUGAAAAGCUUGGCCUUGAAGGGGAACAACGCCAAUGGAAGUAUACCACUCUCUGGGUGUGGAAAUUUGGAGUAUUUGGACGUUUCUUUCAAUAAUUUCUCUGCGUUUCCAUCGCUGGGUCGUUGCUCCGCUCUCAACUAUCUGGAUCUCUCCGCCAAUAAAUUUUCCGGCGAGAUUAAGAACCAGCUCGCGUACUGUCAGCAGCUCAACCACCUCAAUCUCUCCAGCAACCACUUCACCGGCGCGAUUCCGGCGCUGCCCACUGCUAAUUUGGAGUAUGUUUAUCUCUCCGGCAACGAUUUCCAGGGUGGCAUACCUCUGCUUCUCGCCGACGCCUGUCCCACUCUCCUCGAGCUCAACCUCUCCUCCAACAACCUCUCCGGUACGGUCCCGAGCAACUUCCAGUCGUGUUCUUCUCUGGUAUCCAUUGAUAUAUCUAGAAACAACUUCUCCGGCGCUUUGCCGAUUGAUACUCUGUUGAAAUGGACCAAUUUGAGGAAGCUCUCUUUGUCUUACAACAAUUUUGUCGGUUCUUUGCCGGAAUCUCUGUCCAAGUUGAUGAAUUUGGAGACUUUGGAUGUGAGUUCCAACAACUUUUCGGGUUUGAUCCCAUCCGGACUGUGUGGAGAUCCCAGGAACAGCCUGAAGGAGCUUCAUCUUCAGAACAAUUUGUUCACUGGUCGUAUACCAGAGGCUCUGAGCAACUGUUCUCAGCUGGUCUCCCUUGAUCUCAGCUUCAAUUACCUCACAGGGACGAUCCCCUCCAGCCUGGGCUCCUUAACUAAGCUCCAGCAUUUGAUGCUGUGGUUGAAUCAGCUCCAUGGACAGAUCCCAGAGGAGCUCAUGAACCUCAAAACCCUCGAGAAUCUGAUUCUAGAUUUUAACGAAUUGACCGGCCCCAUCCCUGACGGCCUUAGCAACUGCACCAAUUUGAAUUGGAUCUCCCUUUCAAACAACAGGUUGAGUGGUGAGAUUCCCGGGUGGAUCGGUAAGCUAUCCAAUCUUGCCAUCCUCAAGCUCGGGAACAAUUCAUUCUACGGUAGCAUUCCGCCGGAGCUUGGGGAUUGUCGCAGUUUGAUAUGGUUGGAUCUCAAUACCAAUCACUUGACUGGCACCAUCCCGCCCGCCCUGUUCAAACAGUCUGGUAAUAUCGCUGUUGGGCUGGUGACAGGGAAGAGCUAUGUGUAUAUUAGGAAUGAUGGGAGUAAGGAGUGCCAUGGAGCUGGGAAUUUGCUAGAGUAUGGGGGAAUCAGAGAGGAGGAGAUGGACCGUAUUUCGACUAGGAAUCCAUGCAACUUCACUAGAGUGUACAAGGGUAGGACAAAUCCCACAUUCAAUCAUAACGGGUCUUUGAUUUUUCUGGACCUUUCGUAUAACAUGUUGGGAGGUAGCAUUCCAAAGGAGCUGGGGACUCCUUAUUAUCUGUAUAUUCUGAAUUUGGCUCAUAACAAUCUCUCUGGUGCCAUUCCUGUGGAGCUUGGAGGCUUGAAGAAUGUUAAUAUUCUUGAUUUCUCCUACAAUAGGCUUCAAGGGACAAUUCCACAAUCUCUGUCUGGCCUUUCCAUGCUGAAUGACAUUGAUCUGUCUAACAACAAUCUAUCUGGGACGAUUCCUCAAUCAGGUCAAUUCUUAACGUUUCCGAAUUUGAGCUUCGCUAACAAUUCUGGCCUCUGUGGGUUUCCCCUUUCCCCCUGUGGGGGAGGUCCCAACUCGAUUUCAAGUACCCAGCAUCAGAAAUCUCAUCGGAGACAAGCAUCCCUUGUGGGGAGUGUGGCCAUGGGCUUAUUGUUCUCCCUGUUUUGCAUAUUUGGUUUGAUCAUAGUUGCCAUUGAGACGAGAAAAAGGAGGAAAAAGAAGGAUUCUACUCUUGACGUUUAUAUUGAUAGUAAUUCCCAUUCGGGCACUGCAAAUGUUAGCUGGAAGCUAACUGGCGCCCGGGAAGCAUUGAGCAUCAACCUAGCCACAUUUGAAAAACCCCUUCGGAAGCUCACCUUUGCUGAUCUUCUUGAAGCCACCAAUGGCUUCCACAAUGACAGCCUUAUUGGCUCUGGUGGCUUUGGCGAUGUGUACAGGGCUCAGCUGAAAGAUGGAAGCAUAGUAGCCAUCAAGAAGCUGAUACAUAUAAGCGGACAGGGGGACCGGGAAUUCACGGCUGAAAUGGAAACCAUUGGGAAAAUCAAGCACCGAAACCUCGUCCCUCUCUUGGGCUACUGCAAGGUGGGGGAGGAACGGCUCUUGGUGUAUGAAUACAUGAGGUUUGGAAGCCUGGAAGACAUCCUACAUGACCGGAAAAAGGCUGGGAUCAAGCUGAAUUGGGCAGCUAGGAGGAAGAUUGCCAUUGGAGCUGCAAGGGGAUUAGCCUUCCUCCACCAUAACUGCAUCCCCCACAUCAUCCACCGCGACAUGAAAUCGAGCAACGUCCUGCUUGAUGAAAACUUUGAAGCCAGAGUCUCUGACUUUGGAAUGGCUAGGCUAAUGAGCGCAAUGGACACCCAUUUGAGUGUCAGCACGCUUGCAGGCACCCCCGGCUAUGUCCCUCCCGAGUACUACCAGAGCUUUAGAUGUUCUACAAAAGGCGAUGUCUACAGUUAUGGAGUAGUUCUGCUAGAGCUUCUAACAGGGAAGCAACCAACAGAUUCAGCUGAUUUUGGGGAUAACAACCUUGUGGGGUGGGUGAAGCAGCAUGCCAAACUGAGAAUAAGCGAUGUAUUCGAUCCUGAGCUCAUGAAGGAGGACCCCAACCUGGAGAUUGAGCUCUUGCAACACUUAAAGGUAGCGUGUGCCUGUUUGGACGAUCGGCCAUGGCGGCGGCCCACCAUGAUUCAAGUCAUGGCGAUGUUCAAGGAGAUCCAAGCAGGGUCUGGGCUGGACUCUGCAUCAACCAUAGCCACCGAGGAUGGAGGCUUCAGUGCAGUGGAAAUGGUAGAAAUGAGCAUAAAAGAAGUCCCGGAAUUCAGCAAGCAGUAGCAGGGAAACUUCAGUCAAUUUUCUUGGGAAUUCUUUGAAACCAAACAAGAAGAGACCAACCAACCCAACAGCAACAACAAAAACAAAAAACUCCAAAGCUGAAAGAAGAAGUGGAUGAUGAUUCAUUCAGCUCCAAAAAAAAAAGAGGAAAAAGAUUUUCCCUCAUCUUUUUCCACUUGAAAAUGGUAUAAAACUGCCACUGUAUCUCUACCCAUUAAUGUAUGUAUCAUCAUGUAUCUCUCUGAAAUCUUUGUUAUUUAUACAUAAAAGGUUGUUUUAACUUUGUUAUCAAUCACUGUACAUUCAUCCA